ACCAUAGACGUCCAUUCCAUAUAAUUCAGUUUUGUGGGAUGUUGAGGGUUAAGACCUUUGGCUCUUAGGACCAGCUGCAUCGAUCGAGACUGAAUCGAGUGCCUCUUUAGACAAGGAGAGAUCAAUCGUGUGGAUCGCUUUGAGGUAUAUGGUGGUCAAUAGACAGGAAUAGCCUUCUUUUCUGUUUAUAUAACAAUUUUAAAUAUUUAACUACCAAUUCCGUUCAGUUCAGCGACCAGAACAAUCGAUGGUGCAGUGACUGAAGCUUAGGGGUCUAUAGACGGUUAGCAGAAACAUUAGAAAUCACCAGAGGACUAAACCAAAACAUAAAGUGAAUUAAGCCACAAGACUGCAAGUUAUACGCGCUGAUUGAUAUCUAUCACCUUCGAGUCGUCGCCCACCAUGGAUCAGGGAGCAACAAAACAUGGAGGAUAUGAGCAGGCGCUUGAUGAGAUUGUUAAGACAUAUGAAACGAGCGGGGACUAUGCUGACGUAGAGGGCUUGGGAGAGCUCCUUCAAAAAUAUAAAAAACAAUUCAUGGAAUACGAUGAGAAUGAAAGCAGAGACAUCGAUGCUAUGGAAUUGAAGAGGAUGAUGGAGAAGUUGGGGCAAGCGAAAACUCAUCUAGAAUUGAAGAAUAUGAUCGCCGAGGUUGACCGUGACAAUAGCAGAACUAUAAGCUUCAAUGAUUUCUUGUUCAUGAGGUUGGAGAAAAAAACAAGUACACUGAAAAUGAUUCUUAUGUUUGAGGACAAGAAGAAGGAAAAGGAAAAGUCUGGAGGACCUGCUCCAAAGAGGGACCUAUAAAAAUAUCAAGGAGUCAAUCCCCCACCCACCCCCAUAUCGAGGGAAAUGUGGCAAUUUCUCAGAAUUCACUUAUAAUUCUUUGACAUUAGAUAGAAAACACUUACAUACCGACAAAUAAUCCUGGACAUAAAGUUAUGAAUCGAAUCAAAUGAUACAAUAAACUCAAACCAAGCUAUUGGAAUAUUAUCCGCCAGGAGAUUAAUGUCUGCUGCGUUUUUACGUUGUUAUAAUGAUAAUAAAAAUAAUAAUAAUUUAAACAAUAAA